AUGACGACAUCACAUCUGCCUACGGGCAAGCUCACGAUGACCUCCAAGCUGAAGAUGAACGACGGUCACUCGAUCUAUCGCUUCGGAUUCGGCGUGUACGAAGCAGUGGGGCAAGAAUGCAAGCAAUCCGUCAAGUGGGCCCUCGAAGCAGGCUACAGGCUCAUCGACUCGGCAGAAUGGUACGAGAACGAAGCAGAGACGGGCUCGGCUAUCAGAGAGUUCAUGGAGGAGUCUAGUACGCCGAGGGAAGAGAUACAUGUCACUACAAAACUAAUGGCCAACUCGACUUAUGAUCACGCACAGAGCAUCAAGCUCAGCCUGAAGAAGCUGGGCCUCGACUAUAUCGACACUUAUCUCAUCCAUGGCGCAGCGCGUCUAGCUUCAUGGAAAGCUUGCGAGGAAGGUGUCAGAUUAGGACUGGUCAAAUCGAUCGGCGUGUCCAACUACGGUGAACGACAUCUUGUCGAGUUAGAAAAGGCGGGAAGCAAGACUGUGCCCUGUCUCAACCAGAUUGAUCUCCAUCCUUUCAUGACGCGCGUCGAGCUAGUCAAAUACUGUCAAGAUCACAACAUCAUCGCAGAAGCCUGGGGACCUCUGGCACGUGGAAUGAAGUUCUCAGACCCUACAGUCAGCGAGAUCGCAAAAGCUCACAACAAGACGACUGCUCAGGUCAUGCUCAGAUGGGGUCUUCAGCGCGGUCAUGUCGUCAUACCGAAGAGCGUCUCACAAGCGCGAAUAAUCGCUAAUGCUCAGAUAUUCGAUUUCGAGCUGUCGAACGACGAGGUCGAACAGCUCACCGCGCUUGAUUGCUAUCUCGUCACAGACUGGGAUCCCAUCAAGGAUCCCAGCGUGUGAUCGGUUCGCCAUAGACGUUGACAUCGAUUGAUGCGAAGACUUUUAUGUAUGGCGCGCCUCACGCUCGAACACUGUAGGCAGGUCAUAAUUGCAGUAAUUAGAUGAAGGCAUCGAUGCCCGUCGAAUAUUGCUGAGGCAGAUGAGCUGACAACAUAUUGCUUCUGUGCUCGAUCUGACUGAAUACAACUUCUUGCUUGCCCGUGAUCUUAAAGAGACGGUGCGCAGGCUGGACCUUAUCUUUUUCGCCAGGCAGAUCUAGAUCGCUGCCCUUGACGAGCCAAUACACUUCGCCUGGAGGGAAGAGGACAGCCGAGCGCAUAUUGGCCUCGAGUGUCGACCGAAGCGAGACAAACCAAGUCUCUUCAUCCAUCUUGAUCUCGAGCGAAUCGUCAAGUCGGCCGUUACGAUAUGCCAGAACACGACUGAUGAUGGACGAGGGACCUUCUUGAGCAUUCUCUCUUCCGGCGUAGAUGAGCCAUGCUGCCGCCGUACGGAUAUCA